AUGAACAAACCUAUGCGUGGAUUAGCAGUUUUUAUAAGUGACUUAAAAAAUUCAAAGACUCGUCAGCAUGAGGAGCAAAGAAUUAACCAAGAAUUGGCAAAUAUUCGGAAUAAGUUUAAGGCUGGCCAUUUAAACAGUUACCAGAAAAAGAAAUAUAUUUGCAAGUUAUUAUAUAUCUAUAUUCUUGGAUGGGAAAUUGAUUUUGGACAUAUGGAAGCAGUUCACCUUAUUUCUAGUCAAAAGUAUUCAGAAAAGCAAAUUGCAUAUCUUGCUAUAACAUUACUGUUGCAUGAAAAACAUGAUCUAACAUGUCUUGUGAUCAAUAGUAUCAAACAAGAUUUAUUAGACUCAAAUGAAUAUUAUAACUGUUUAGCGUUACAUGCGAUUGCUAAUAUUGGAGGAAAAGAAAUGGGGGACAUAUUAGCUCCAGAUGUAAACAGAUUGCUUGUAUCACCUGUAUCUAAAAAUUUUGUUAAAAAGAAAGCAUCUCUAACACUUCUAUGUCUUUACAGAAAAAAUCCAGAUAUUAUUAGGCAAGAAUGGGCAGAAAGCAUUAUCUCUACACUAGAUGAUCCAGACUUAGGAGUAUCAUUAUCUAUAACAAACCUCUUGAUUUCUCUUGUUCAAAACAAUAAUAGAUUAUAUGAAAGAUGUUACCUUAAAGCUAUUCAUCGACUAAAAAGAAUAGUUAUUGAUGGAGAAUAUAGUUAUGAUUAUGUAUAUUAUAAGGUACCUGCGCCCUGGCUUCAAAUAAAGCUUUUACGUCUUCUACAAUAUUAUCCGCCUCCAGAUGACAAAGAUACUCAAGAAUUAAUAUGCAAAGUUUUACAAUUCAUUAUAACUUCUAUACUUCAUGAAUUACCAAAGAAUGUUCAACAAAAUAAUAUUCAAAAUGCAGUUUUAUUUGAAGCUAUUAAUGUUGCUAUUCAUAUUGAUAUCGAUGAAACAUUAACAAAUCAAACCAUUCAUUUACUAAGCAAAUUCAUAUCAUACAAAGAAAUUAAUAGUAGAUACCUUGGAUUAAAAGCGCUAAUUUAUUUAGCAGAACAUGUGAACACUUUUGAGCCGUUCAGGAAAUAUCAAGAUAUAAUUAUACACUCUUUAAAAGAUAAAGACAUAAGUAUUCAAAGAAAAGCUCUCGAAUUAUUAUAUUAUACAUGUGAUUCCAACAAUACAAAAACGAUCAUUGAUGAGUUAAUUCACUAUUUAGAAAGCGCAAAUACAGAAAUAAAGGAAGAUAUAGCUGUUAGAAUUGCUAUUCUAGCUGAAAAAUACGUAACAGAAUGCCAAUGGUACGUAGAUAUAAUGUUGCAACUUAUAAAUAUUUCUAAAGAACAUAUUGGCGAUGAUAUAUUACACAGAUUUAUUCAAGUUAUAGAAAAUAACAAAGAACUGCAUAAAUAUUCUGCAAAGACAGUAUUAAAAUACUUAAAAAAUAAUCCUCAUGAAAAUAUGAUAAAACUUGGCGGUUAUAUUUUAGGAGAAUUUGGUCAUUUAAUAUCUGACUCUCCUGAAAGUAGUCCUAUUGAACAAUUUAUUUCUUUACAUAUUAAAUUUAAUGCAUAUUCACCCAGAACACAAGCAUUACUUAUGUCAACAUAUAUUAAAUUUGUGAAUUUGUUCCCUGAAAUCAAGUUAGACAUACAAGUUGUAUUUGAAGAAUAUGCAAACAGUAUUGAUUCAGAAUUACAACAGCGUGCAUGCGAAUAUUUAGCUUUAUGUCAUAUGCCAAAUAAUAAUCUUUUACGGGAAUUAUUGAACAAAACCCAUCCUUUCUUAAAAAAUCAAUCACUUUUAAUAUCAAAACUACUGAAACAGAAAAAUGAAGAUAAAAGAUUAGAAAAUAUUAAAGAAAAGAAGUCAUCAAGAGAAAAAAACAAAAUAAGCGCUAAAAGCUGUUGUAAUUACAAAACAAUUGAUUUCAGUGAUUUGGAAAUACAUAAAAAUAAUUUAAUUGAAUUAGAUACAUCAAACACUCAUAGCUCAUCACCAUCUAUUUCAUCUUCUAAAACAUCUGAUCAAUCCAAUAUUUUGUCAGAUUUUGUAUCAGAUGUAAAAUACAUAUCACUUUCUGAUAAUUAUGGUCUCUCUAAAAAAUAUGAAACAAAUUUUAACAAACUCUUAUGUACUAAUGAAGGAGUACUUUAUGAAGACGAAGAAAUCGAAGUAUUUAUUUACUCUGGAUAUCGUAAUCAUCUAGGAAAAAUGGAACUUUUAUACAAGAAUAAAUCACCAUUAAUGUAUACUUCUUUCACAUCUUCAAUUCAAAAUUCUUGUGAAUCAAAUCUCUCCAUUGUUUCGACAAUAGAUAUUCCUUGUACCCUGGAAGCGCUUAAACAAGUGCGACAAGUAUUAAAUAUUGAAGUUCUUGAUAUUUUCUUAGAACCGCCAUCUAUAUCUAUAUCUUAUAUGUCUACAUCUAUGAAAUCUUUGACUUUAAAGCUUCCUAUUGUUCUUUCUAAAUUUUCAGAGGGGGUAGAACUUGAUUCAGGCAGUUUCUUUCAUAGAUGGAGACAAAUUGGAAAGUCUAGAGAAUGCCAAAAGAUCUUCGCUAUUAAGGAUAAAGAAAAAAAUAUCAACUUUUAUGAUAAUGUAAAAAUACUUAAAGGUUUUGGAUGGGAGAUUUUAAAGGAAAUUGAUACAAAUAAUCAAAAUAUAGUUGGUGCAUCAGUAUUAUAUACUAGUCAAGGAGGGAAAUAUGGUUGUUUACUAAGACUUGAGCCUAAUUAUGAAACUAAGAUGUAUCGAAUUACUAUUCGAAGUACAAAAGAAGAAAUUGCAAAUCAUUUAGAAUCAUUAAUAGAAAGGGAAUUAUCCGGAAAUAUUUAA